AUGCAGCUCUACUCUGCCAUCUUCGCCGUCAUCGCCCUAUUCUCUACAGCAGAAGCCUGCAAGUGCUGGAACUCGUACGGGAGAACAGUCUCCGAGUACACACACGCCUGCUGCACCUACACUGGUGGAUUCUUCAGCGACGACAACUGCGACGGCGACAUUUUAGACAAGCUCGACGUGUUUCGAACGUGCUGCGAGAACUUGGGCACCGAAUCGGACUGUUAUUGCCCGGAUUGUCCUGUGGAGGACGCGAGACGGAAGGCUAUGGGUCUUAAGCCCAUGACGGAUGCUGAGAGGGCGGAGUUUGCUGUGAAGGGGACUGAGAAGAAGAGUGAGAAGCAACGAAGUGUGCCGUUUAUUGGAUAG